AUGUCACGCCAUGGCGCGUCGGGGCAGGGCCAGAGCAAGACCUGGCAGUGUCGCGACCCCACGCGUGCCUUCGCCAACUUUCUCUUCAGGCCUGCCUGUCGGGAGUGUGGGUCGAGGGCGCCGCAGCGCGUCAUCAAUCAGCAACGGGAGCAGCGGCAGCAGAUAACUUCGGGUGGGAACGGCAAGGCGCAGCGGGGCAAUGCCUGGCUUAACGGUCCUCCUGUCCUCCAGAGCCAAGGCGGCUCAAGGGCUGGCGGGCGCGCCAACGCCAACGCCACGGAGUUGUCAGGUGAGGAUAUCAUCAAGCUGCUCGAGUCACGAGGGCUUCAAGCGGGCUCGGACAUUGACACCAAGCUCACUGAAGUGCUCAAGAAAGCAGAGGAGCCAGGGCCCGCAGACCUUGGCUCCAAGGGGCUCCAGGACUUGCUCCAGAGGCAGUCGCGGAAGCUCAAGCAGAUCGAAGGAUCCACCGAGAGAGUGCAGAAUGCCAAGGCCGCACUCGAGGAGGCUCAGCGCUACUAUGAGCAGGAGUGCCAGCAGCUCAAGACCGAGCCUCCGGAGCAAGAUGGCGAGUCUGAUCCAAAGCACGAGCUCCAGAUGCUGGAAGUCCUGGAGCUGGCUGUCAAGAAAUGCACUUCUCGCUUCUCCAUCGAUGCCACUGCGGUCCUGGCGGCCACGGAGGCGAAGAAGGCGGAGUUCACAUCGAAGUUGCCGAAGGUACAUCCAGUAUGGUUCUUUGGACGCUCAAUCCCAGCACGUGGUCAGCUGCGCAGGCCAUGUUGGAGCGGGCGAAACAUGGUCAUGAAGGUGGACCAGGCCUCCCUGACGUUCUCUGUCUCCAGAAGCCACCUCCUGUGCGCAGAGCACCUCCUGAAGCUCGAGAGGAUCAGUGGCCGUGGCAGAUUGGAUCGGAGUACCCAUCUGGCCUUCAGCAAGCCUGUCAAGUCUGGUUUCGACAUGUUGAAGCCGAUCUUCUGGAUUUUCACGAUAUUCAAGGAUGGUGUGGGCAAUCAUGCACUGGCAGAUCAGACGGGCUUCGAGUUCAGCAUGUGGAGCUUGAGGGGCGCUGGGUCCGAUCAAGACGCGCGGCUCAUCAAGGGCAACGCUAUGGCCGACAAGUGGGCCAAGGUGCGGAAGACCCCCAUGGUGUCGACGCUGGCCUUGUUGCUGCAACAGGUGGUCCUUGGGUUUUUUGAGGGCAUAGUGUUGUCAGGAGCGAUGGAGGCGCAGAUGGCGGACGUCAAGGCGCAGGCCCUCGAGGAGUUCUCUGCAAUGGCGAUCGAGACGCUCCCCCAAGAGCCCCCUGCUGCACUGGGCAAGGCGGCAGGGCCACUGUUCGGGAAGCUGGAGAAGAAGUGGAAGGACUCCGUCAAGCGCCUCCAGGGUGCAAGGAUCUCUGGGCUCGAAGGACAUACUCAGCCGCUUGAGCAAAGGCUGGCGCACCUGGAGAAUGAGCUGGACUUGGCCAAGGCGCGCCCCAAUGAGGCACCCGUCGCGUCCAGCGACUGGGACAGGGUUGUCGACCACUCGAUCCUGGUCGCGCGCUCGCCCGACCAGGUCCUGAAAGCGAAGGUCGGCUCGCGCUCAUCACCGUUCUUCAUCUCAGCUGACAGGAACCGACAAGAUAUCGCGACAGAGAUGGCGUGCAAACGUCUACGCCGAGCACUGCUGCAUAAUGGCAUGGGCAUCGUCACGUUCAUUGAUCGGCGAGGGUGGCCAGCUUCUCUCGACAUGGGAACCAUUGGCGAAUAUUACGCCGAAUGCAUCGACGAGAAUACUGGAGGCCGGGUCGGCGACGGGAUCUGGAUGGGCAUCUUCUGCGAGAUGACAGAGUUUGCCUUCGAUCAGCCGACGCGCUGGCGCGAGGGCACCCAUGUCUCCGGCUUCUGGCAGGGCGUUCCCGGCAGGGACCCCAUUGCCCUGGAGGGAUCGGGGUGCGGGCGCCCUCUCCUCCUCGGCAGGAGGGCGGGGAGAGACCAGCGGAGGGGCAGAAAACGGGGGCGCCCCCCGCCCGACGGGGACCGGCAGAGGGCUGGCGGAAGCUGCUGGGAUGUCGUCUAGACGUACGGGUGACCUCUCGCCGGAGUGACUUUUGAUUCUCAGAGCGUGAAUUGCCUACCCCGCUCUCGCUUCCAGG